UUGUUGGCGCUAGACUCUGGACUGACGGCUAGCUUGUAAACACAAGAUUGUCAAACCUGAAAUCUUGUUUUUUUGCGGAAAUCAGACAGCAUACAUUAAUUAUUUUAUAAGUAGUAUAUAUGUAGGUUUUUUAAUGUCCCUGUAACGCUGUCACUUGAUGAUUGACAGACUAGUAGAAGCUAAUUUAGCUAGUUAGCAGCUAGCCUAGCAUUAGCUUCGAUCAGCCUCAGUUUUUCUGGCACUGUUGUUAUCAUGGAUGAGGACUUACUGCUCGCUAUUCAGCUCCAGGAGCAGUUUGACAAUGAAUACCAGGACUCUUUACUUUCACCAAACGGAUUUCAGGUCGAUGGCUUCGGACAAAGCAGUAAGAAACGGAAAGUGGAGGUAGCAGGAGGUGGUGGCAGUGAUGUUGUCCCCUACAUGCAGCCCCAGAGGCCAAUGUCUGUCGUGGACGAGUCAUGGGAGAUGCUGGACCCGAAUCCCGAUGUCAGAGCCAUGUUCCUGGAGUUCAAUGACACGUUCUUCUGGGGUAAACUCAGUGGGGUCGAAGUGAAGUGGAGCCCGAGGAUGACACUGUGUGCUGGUGUGUGUUCAUAUGAGGGUCGAGGUGGACUGUGUUCAAUCAGACUCAGUGAACCUCUGCUGAAGCUCAGACCGAGAAAAGACUUGGUGCAGACUCUGCUGCACGAAAUGAUUCACGCUCUCCUGUUCGUGACCCAGAACAACAGAGACCGAGAUGGGCACGGACCCGAGUUCUGCAAACACAUGAACCGUAUCAACAAAGCCAGUGGGGCUAACAUCACUGUCUUCCACAGUUUCCACGAUGAGGUCGAUGUGUAUCGGCAGCACUGGUGGAGAUGCGACGGGCCCUGUCAGAACCGAAGGCCCUUCUUUGGGUACGUGAAGAGGGCCAUGAACCGGGCUCCGUCCCAUCUCGACCCCUGGUGGGAGGACCACAGAAGGACAUGUGGUGGGACUUACACUAAGAUCAAGGAGCCUGAAGGAUACAGCAAAAAAGGCAAGACCGGCGAGAAAAAGGAUAAGAAGACGACGUCAGGAAACAUGAAGUCUUCGAGUACGAGCUCAGGUUCCAGGUCACAGGACAUCAGAAACAUCAUCCCCUUCAGUGGAAAAGGCUUUUCUCUGGGAGGGACGUCACAGACCUCCACAUCUUCACCUCCACUUGUGUCUGUUGUGAAAACGUCGUCUUCUAGCCCCGCCUCACCUCCACAGAAAGUCCUCCCCCUUUCAUCUCCUCGUAACAGCCUCACCUCCCCCGUCCGGUCUGGACUAGACGACCAAACCAAAUGUAUCUCCAGUGCCUCCCCCCCGGUCAGACCAGGAAACCCCUCCGGACAGAAGCCAAAUAUGAAGAAGUCCGUCAGCAACACCAGGGUUUUUGUCAACGUUACCGGCUCACCAGUGAGGAUCUCAAAAGCAAACGGAGCGGAAAAGGUAAAACAGAGGUCCAUUGAUGAACUCUUUAACAACUCAAACCUGAGAAAACCCUCUAGUUCGUCGAAUUCAGACUGGAUGCCUACGUUAAGUGCCUCCUCUGACUUUCCUCGUUCAACUAAACCUAGUCCGAGCAAAUCCACCCCAUCUGUAGUUCCACCCAAGUCGAGCCCAAAAAAACCACAACAGUCCAAGUAUUUCAGUGACUCUAACAGUAGUAAUAAUACAUCUGGGGCUGCUGUCAGGGGUCAGGCCUCUAGAAAAAGGUCAUGGGAUGACGCGAGAAGCUCCGCCAGCAUCUUCGACUUCUUCCAAAAGACGCUGAGCAGCAACUCAGCGGCAUCAAGGGAAUCGAUAAACGCAAAAUUACCUGCAAUGCAGCAAAGAACUGCCAGCGCAUCCUCCUCCUCUGCUUCGUCUCCUCAUUCCUCUGCAGGACAGCACGGCGCUACCUCAUCAUCCUUAUCUUCCUCUUCCUCCUCGGCUGCGCUGAUGGUCAGCUGUCCCGUGUGCCAAGUGAAGGUACAGGAAUCAAAGAUCAACGAACAUCUUGAUUCGUGUCUCAGCUGAAGGAGGAGGAACAUAAAAGGGAGGCUGCAAUAAAAGUUAGAAGUUUCAGGUUUUAGUUUGAAUGUUGAGAGAGUGUGGUUUUAUCUGACAUCACGGUACAUCCUGGUUUUAUGGCUUUUAGUUUAAUUUCAACAUCCAGGACAGCUAUUAAAAUGACAUCACUGAUUUUAAAGGGGUCAUAUUUAUCCAAACCCACCUUUAUUCGUCUGUGGUUCAUUUAUUUGUGUAUUUGGACCCUAAUAGUUCAUACAGUUUGAAUUUGAACCCUCCAGGUGCUGCAAAGCU